UUUUCCCCACAAAGAGAGGGUGGUCUAAGUUACUUUUUUAAAUGUAGCCGUGGUCUUCCGCACCACAAAUACUGCAGGAGGAGAUAUCAGUCAACUAUCCGGGCUGUGUGUACUCUUCGGCCUGUAAAUAUUGGGGAAUCUUUGAACCACUCCCCCACUAAACGCUACCGAGGAUCACUCCUGGUUACAGUUGACCGACCGACUAUGGCCACGUCUCCCGUCAAAGAGUUCCUGGUUACCUAUUUAAUGCCAGAGAAAUGCUACGGGGAGAUUUUCAUCAACUUUCACUGGCACGUGCCGUGCCUAAAGUUUAUACUGAACAGAAUUGCUGCAUUUUGGAUCAUACUGGACACAUUCCUGGCACAGUUACCUCAGGUGCUGAAGAUACUGUGGAGAGGAAGUGCAGAGGGCCUGAGUCUGUCUUCCGUUCUUCUGCAGCUUUAUGCUUUCUCAUGUCCUGUUGUUUACGCCGUGGCCAAAAACUUCCCACUCUUUGCCUGGGCUGAGAGACUCUUCAUGGUGGCCCAGACAGCUGCGAUUGUCUUCCUCAUCCUGCAUUAUCGUGGAAAUACUCUCAAAGGAAUGCUGUUCCUCUUGGCUUACGGCGGUGUAAUGUUCCUCCUGGGCUCCUACGCAGCCGCAGCAGUCGUCUCAGUGAUGGAGGCCUCCAGUUUGGCAGCGUUAAUUGCAAGCAAGGUUCUCCAGGCUGGAACUAACUACCGUAAUGGCCACACGGGCCAGCUGUCCACUCUGUCUGUGUUACUAACGUGGGCAGGAUCUCUGGGUGUUGGCUUUGUUACUCUACAGGAGACAGGGAGCUCGCUGGCCACUCUGUCACACGUACUCUCGGCAUCUCUCAGCUGUGUCCUCCUGGCCCAGGUCCUCUGCUACAAGAGCUGCACCACCACUAAAAAGAAGAGUGAGUAGAGGUGGCCGAUGGGGACAACUGAACUCUUACAUCAUCCGCUCUACCGUUUAAGAAAUACUUUGUUAUUCUGUGCCAGAUGUUGACAUAUCAAUAACUCAAAUAAUUCUCUGAAGAAGCAGUAAAUGUUUACAGUAUCUUUAUGUGCGAAUAUGCCUGUGAAUGUGUUAUGUACUGUGUGUCUGUGUAAAUGAGAACUCUAUCUGUCAUGCUGUUUGAUAGCCUUGUGCAUUUUAAUUUUUUUUCUUGUGUGCAUGUUUUGCAGUUAGUUUCCUACUAUUGCAAGACAAGGGUAUAAAAAAUGUUUGUCGCCAUCUAGUGAUGUAAAUAAGAAUUUCUUCACUCUCAGGAGAAAUGCAAUUCAGUGGUAGCAGCUGGGGACUCAAAAUAAAUCAUUUCUUGGGGAUA